UAUCCUAUUAAGAAUUCUUGUGAGGUUAUCCUUCGAAUAUUGGAUCGGAGAACUUGGCCUGUUAAUUUGAAAUAUGGAGGAGGAAGAGCUCAAUUCCUGUAUGGUUGGAUGGAAUUUGUGCGUGACAAUAAUUUGAAAGUUAAUGAUGUGUGUAUUUUUGAGUCGAUUGACAACAAGGUUAAGCCUUUAUUUGAUGUUGUCAUUUUUCCCACCAUAGAAGCUGCUAAUUGCCCCAAUGAUAGGGAACAAACAGUGCCUGAGAUAGAAGAAACUAAUGAAGAUGAUGAUCCUAGUGAUGACUCUAGUGAUGAGUCUGGUGAUGCUGAUUAUCUUUCUGACGAUUCUGUUGAAACUACAGAAAAUUGUACAACUUUCCCAAGAAGAACAAAGGAGAAAUCUCCAAUGCCAUGUCCUCAGCCUCCCAAGAAAAACAAAGCCAGUUCAAGUGGAAAAGUUGAUUUCCCUGCAAGCCGAAAUGCUAUAGCUCUUCAAAGAGCUAAUGCUUUCAAAUCCAAACACCCUUUUUUCAAGGUUGCUAUGCGUACCAGUUUUCAUCUUGAACAACUCUUUUGA